AUGGAAUCUGCUUACAGAACAUGGCUCAGAGCAAGGAAAAAAUGGGAGGCAGCUCAAAAUUUAGAUGAACGUAGUAGAGAACUUCAAAUGGCUUUAGGCACUGCAAAAUGGCAGGUUGAUUCCCUCUUUCGUGUAACUGAGUUUUGUACUUCAUUUUAUCAUUUCUGUAGUGCAAUAGCUGGACUGGAGGCUGGUCUACUGCUUGCUGGAGCUUCGAGCCUUCCUCCCUAUCUAUCGGUCUGUGUUCUUACAGGGGGUCCUAAAAAUCUCCGCCUUAGUUUCUUGCCAAUUGCCAGGUUCGAGAUUCUUUAA